UUCUGUCUUCCUCUCCCAGCAAAAUAUGUGCAUCGAAGAACAACGCCAUCAUUCACAGCAAACAGGGAAACAUGGUUUCGCCAAUUAAGUUGAUGAUUGGAGAGGAAGAAAAGUUCCAAGGAAAAGCAUUGGCGCUAUCCCAUACAAAGAGUGCAAUAAGUACGAUAAAAGAGAAAUUCAGUGAGCAACAGCUACGAACCUUCGAAGAGAGUUGUUUUGGGCAUCUCCUACUCAUCGAGGACCUGAAGUGGACGUUGCCAAUUGUACACGGAUUGUUGCUGAGGAAAGCUGAUCCGAAGACUAUUUCCCAAGUGAACGGGAUCAAAUUCAUUGUUGGCAAUAAGGUGAUCCAAUUCACACCGCAGCAAUUUUGCGUCGUCACAGGGCUAAGGUUUGGAAACCUUCCCUUUAUUCCGAUUCCCAGUAAUGACAACUGCUCAUUGAAAAGGAAGUAUUUUGGCAACAAUAAAACAGUGAGCCUGUUGGAAUUAGAAAAAGCCUUCCGCGACUGCGCUGAUGCGGAUGAUGCAUUGAAGCUCGGCUUUGUAUACUUCGCUGUGUUUGUGCUGUUGGGCAGUGAAAAACAUGUCCACAUUGACAUGUGAUAUUUGAAGUUGGCAGAAGACCUUGAAGAUUUUGGGAAAUAUACAUGGGGUGUUGUGUCUUAUGCGA